UGCCUCGCUCGCGUCGACGUCAACCCGGAAGUUGUCGCCGGCGGGCGGCCGGCCGGCAGCCCUGAUAGAUCCGGAGCUGCAGAGCGCAGUCGCCGGGGCAGCCUGGUCCAGCGGUGGCUGCGGACCGAGGCCUGCGUGGGGGAUCCCAGUGAGUCCGCCCCAGGUCGGGGCUCAGUCAGGGCGCGCGGCUCCCGGCGGCGUGUAACCCAGUCCUGGCCGGCCGCUGCCCUCGGCGUCUGUAAGUGUUUGGGGGACCGAGGGCCCUGCAUCGCCUUCCCUGAGGCUGCGAAGAGGCUUUCCGCCCUUGGCGUUAUGAAGGCCGCAGAGUUUUCCUCGAAAGCAGCGUCUCUGCUGAAAGGGACUAGUUCGAGGUCUCUGUUGGUGAUAGCCAGCGGGAGAGGCAGAGCUGCCGCUGUCUCUUUGCAGUGCCUAUAGGACUUCGAGGGCCCAGAGCCCUGGAUCCCUGAGUAGCAUCCCUAUUUCCUCUUGUCUGGGACACAGUCCAUGUCCCUCUCCCUAACGCAGAAAUAAAAUAGAAAGAAGACUGUCAUCUGAGGAAGUCACCUUGCCCGUUCAGCCAUGAAGGCAGAGACAGUGCCCCCGUUUCAGGACACCCCAGCUGAGUCCAGCUCUAAUCUCAGUAAUCUGUUGAAUAGUCGGAAGCUGAUGGCUGUGGGAGUCUUGCUCGGCUGGCUCCUGGUUAUCCACCUUCUGGUCAAUGUGUGGCUUCUGUGCCUUCUAUCUGCAUUGCUAGUGGUUCUGGGAGGAUGGCUGGGCUCCAGCGCCAUUGCAGGGGCUUCAGGUCGACUGCACUUAGAACGCUUCAUCCCAGUGGCCACCUGCCCUCCGUGUCCUGAGGCAGAAAGGCAGCUAGAACAGGAGAUCAACUGCACCAUCCAGAUGAUUAUUCGGGAUUUUGUGUUAUCUUGGUACCAUUCAGUGAGCCAGGAGCCAGCCUUCGAGAAAGAGAUGGAGGCAGCCAUGAAAGGGUUGGUCCAGGAGCUUCGGAGGAGGAUGAGCAUGGUAGACAGUCAUGCUGUUGCCCAGAGUGUUCUGACUCUGUGUGGUUGUCACCUGCAGAGCUACAUUCAGGCAAAGGAGGCCACUGCAGGAAAGCAGAGUGGUCCAGUCGAGCCAUCCCAGCUCUGGGAAGCCUACUGCCAGGCCACUGCCCCACAUCCUGCUGUGCACAGCCCCAGUGCUGAGGUCACCUACACACGUGGCAUUGUGAAUUUGUUACUGCAAGGGCUAGUGCCCAAGCCCCACUUGGAGACUCGGACUGGACGCCACGUAGUGGUGGAGCUCAUUACUUGCAAUGUAAUCUUACCACUGAUCAACAGACUGUCAGAUCCUGACUGGAUCCACCUCAUAGUCGUAGGUAUCUUUUCCAAGGCCAGAAAUCCAGCACAAGUGGCUAAACCACUCUGCACAUCCAGGGCCCUGGAACAGCCCUCAGUGCCCACAUCUCUGCCACUGAUUGCUGAGGCAGAACAUCUGCCAGGAGGGAGAGCCCCUUCUCCAGUAGCAGCCCCAGUGUUCCUAAACUGCAGUGAGACAGAGGGGCCUUCAGGCCGCUCCCCAGAGAUUGAAGAAGGCCAUGAAGCUGUAGAGGGAGAUUUGGGUGGGAUGUCUGAAGAAAGAAAAAUGGGAAACAACCUAUCUCAUUUCCUACAACCAGAUAUUCGAGGCCCCUUGUUCUUAUGCGAAGACUCAGAGCUGGAUUCUCCAUUGUCUGAACUGGGCAAAGAAACCAUCAUGCUCAUGACUCCAGGCAACUUCCUCUCUGACAGGAUUCAGGAUGCCCUGUGUGCCCUAGAGGGUUCCCAGGCUCUAGAGCCUAAGGAUGGUGAGGGAUCUGAAAGCAUCGAAGGAGCAGAAGCUGAGGAGGGGCCAAGGACAGAGACAGAGACAGGCCUGCUGGUCUCCAUGCUGAACUCCUGCCCUGAGAUCCAGAUUGACACAGCAGACAAGGAGGUAGAGCAAGGAGAUGUCACCUCUCUUACAGCUUUGCUGGAGGGGCCAGAAAAGACCUGCCCUCCACGACCCUUAUGCUUAGAGAAGGAUCUCACCAAUGAUGUGAGCUCCCUCGAUCCUAGUCUGCCACCGGUUUUGCUUUCCUCCUCUCCACCUGGCCCUCUUAAUUCAGCUUUCAGCUUUGAGCCCCUGAGCAGUCCCGAUGGCCCAGUUGUCAUCCAGAACCUUCGUAUCACUGGCACCAUUACUGCCCGAGAGCACAGUGGCACUGGAUUCCACCCAUACACGCUCUACACUGUGAAGUACGAGACAGCCCUGGACGGUGAGAACAGCAGCGGCCUGCAGCAGCUGGCCUACCACACUGUGAAUCGCCGCUACCGGGAGUUCUUGAAUCUGCAGACGCGUCUAGAGGAGAAACCGGAUCUACGAAAGUUCAUCAAAAAUGUGAAGGGUCCUAAAAAGCUCUUUCCAGAUCUUCCAUUUGGAAACAUGGAUAGUGACAGAGUGGAAGCCCGUAAGAGCCUUCUGGAAUCAUUCUUAAAGCAACUCUGUGCCAUUCCUGAGAUCGCUAACAGUGAGGAGGUGCAGGAGUUCCUCGCUCUGAACACAGACGCUCGUAUUGCCUUCGUCAAGAAACCGUUCAUGGUCUCCAGAAUAGACAAGAUAGUGGUGAGCGCUAUCGUGGAUACCUUGAAGACAGCAUUUCCUCGCUCUGAACCCCAGAGCCCUACAGAGGAGCUGAGUGAGGCUGAGACUGAAAGCAAGCCUCAGACAGAAGGCAAGAAGGCUAGCAAGUCCAGACUGAGGUUCUCAUCCAGUAAAAUUGCUCCAGCAGUAAGUGUGACUGAAGCACAUGACAAGAUUCUCUAUUGUCUCCAGGAAGCCAAUGUGGAGUCAGAGAUCCUAUCCACGUCUGGGAUGUUAUCCUUUAUUGAAAAACAGACAAAGUUACUGGAAAUGCAGCCGGCAGAAGUCCCAGAAAAAGAUGCUGAACAAAUCCCCAAAGGAUAUGUGGACAGUUACUUGUCACAUGCAGCCAUGCCGGCCCAAGAUCUCAGAAACAGUGAUCUAGGAACAGAGACAGAGUUAGCCGACACAGCCCUGGAUCUGCUCCUCUUGCUGCUAAUGGAACAGUGGAAAUGGCUAUGUACUGAAAACAUGCAGAAAUUUCUUCGUCUUAUCUUUGGGACCCUAGUUCAGAGGUGGCUAGAGGUGCAGGUGGCUAAUCUAACAAGUCCACAGCGUUGGGUGCAGUACCUCCGGCUUCUUCGGGAGUCCAUCUGGCCUGGUGGAGUUUUGCCCAAGUUUCCUCGGCCUGCAAGGACUCGGGAGCAGAAAGUGGCUACUGAGAAACAGGCUUUGCAGAGCCUGGUGGGAGUCCUGCCAGACUUUGUAGUAGAAAUCCUUGGGGUGAACAGAUGUCAGCUGAGCUGGGGUCUAGUCCUGGAGUCACUACAACAACCCCUCAUCAACAGGCAUUUAAUUUUCUGCCUUGGGGACAUCAUCCUGGAAUUCUUGGAUCUCAGUGCCUCUGCUGAGGAGUCUGCUACAACCACCUCUGCCUCAGAUACCCCAGGCAACCCUAAGAGGAUGGGUGUCUCCCCUUAGCCGUAGGUUAUUCACACAUUCUUCCAAGUUCAGGAAAGGGGAGUUAUUCAGCCACCCAGAGAGCAGUCAGGAAGCCUGUGCCUUCUGGAACUAGGAUGUAGCUCAGAAGGCACGGGUCAGUGGCUCAAUUCUCCCCUCCGGUUCUAUUCCAUUUGUAGCAGGCAAUGGGGGGAUCUUUAUCCCAAUUGCAUGCUCAUCCAGUUCCAUGUCCAUUUUGUGGUGUUUGAAUUGUUGCUGGUGAGUAGAUCCUGUUUCCUUUAGAAAAGGAAGCUGUGAGGUAGAGGAAUGAGCCCCUUUUGCUUCUCCAUUUGCCCUCCUCCCUAUCAUUGUUUGCCAAAAGCCUGGCCCUGUGCACACGUGUACUUAAUCCACUAACACACAAGCUCUGGAUAGAAUAGUAAAACUAUAGCCAGAUUUCCUUGGAGGAGAAAACAAUCUUCUGAGCUCUCUGUUCCCACCUGGAAACUGAAAAUUCAUUCAAGGCCACUGCUGAAAGCCAGACCCCUGAGUCCUCCCUAGUUUCCCAACAAUUCCAGGAGGAGAACGAAGGAAAAGAUUUCUUAAGGGACUUCUUGCUCAUCGGCUGUUUUCCAACAUAUCAGCUUAUGGAGGAUGUCAUGAAGGCUGCUUCCCUGGGUGGCUACACUUUUCCUGUCCAGAAGACUUCAAAGCAGACUGCCAAAGCUUCUGGUAAAUCCACCCCACCCUUCACACCCUUUCCUGACAGGGAGUUGCACCACAGAUUUUAUUUAUUAGCUUUCCUCUCAACCCCCUGCACAAGAGCAAUAUGAGUUUUUGAAUUAGUGACCUUCCGUCUAUCUUCAGCAAAACCACUUGGCAAGUUGCAUAUUCAGCCUGUGUUUCCAAAGAGAAGGGAAAGCACUUGCCCCAUGGCUGAGAAUGCCCAAAGAUUAGGAAGCCAGGUGAUGAAGGGGUCUCUCUGCAUAAGUUUUGGGCAGGGACCUUUUACUCUGAACAGAUAAUAUUAGCAAAUUUGCAGGGAAUAGCUUUUUAUUUCCUGUUCCUUAAGGCUCUAAUUAGUCUUUAAGAACAGCAGCAAUGAAGGUAAAGGUGCCCUGUCAGGCCGCAGCGUGUGUUAGAAAGAAGGAACACUUAAGAGGCAUUGCUAGUAGAAAAGCAGGCAGAUGGAAAGUCCCAAGGGAAGUGCUGUACGUUAAACGUAUGUGAACAGCUGGCAAAGAGGUUUCGAGGGUGUCACUUUAGCUUCACCCUUGCCUGUUAGCACCCUGUUUCCACUGAAUGUGAGACCCUCCCAGCUGGUGUGAAGAGCAAGUGUCAGGUUUCUUAGACCAUGAAGUAGGUGACAAGCGC